AUGGCGGCUCGCAGCGCAGCAGAGUGCUGGAAGCGCCGCAGCUUGUUGUCGUGCACCACCCAACAGGGACUCUCAUGCGCCGCCACGGCUACCGGGAGCCACUGGGCAGUCCGCCACUAUGUGGGGCGCUGCCGCAUGAUGACAACCUCUUGCUGUGCCGCUGCUUCCAUGCUGUCAUGCGAGGCCUCAUGGAGCAUGCUGUCCUUGUUAGUUGCCGCCCUUCUCCCUGCUCUCACUCUCCCUGCUCUCACUCUCCCUGCUCUCACUCUCCCUGCUCUCACUCUCCCUGCUCUCACUCUCCCUGCUCUCACUCUCCCUGCUCUCACUCUCCCUGCUCUCACUCUCCCUGCUCUCACUCUCCCUGCUCUCACUCUCCCUGCUCUCACUCUCCCUGCUCUCACUCUCCCUGCUCUCACUCUCCCUGCUCUCACUCUCCCUGCUCUCACUCUCCCUGCUCUCACUCUCCCUGCUCCCACUCUCCCUGCUCUCACUCUCCCUGCUCCCACUCUCCCUGCUCUCACUAUCCCUGCUCUCACUCUCCCUGCUCUCACUCUCCCUGCUCUCACUCUCGCUGCUCUCACUCUCCCUGCUCUCACUCUCCCUGCUCUCACUCUCCCUGCUCUCACUCUCCCUGCUCUCACUCUCCCUGCUCUCACUCUCCCUGCUCUCACUCUCCCUGCUCUCACUCUCCCUGCUCCCACUCUCCCUGCUCUCACUCUCCCUGCUCCCACUCUCCCUGCUCUCACUCUCCCUGCUCUCACUCUCCCUGCUCUCACUCUCCCUGCUCUCACUCUCCCUGCUCUCACUCUCCCUGCUCUCACUCUCCCCUGCUCUCACUCUCCCUGCUCUCACUCUCCCUGCUCUCACUCUCCCUGCUCUCACUCUCCCUGCUCUCACUCUCCCUGCUCUCACUCUCCCUGCUCUCACUCUCCCUGCUCUCACUCUCCCUGCUCUCACUCUCCAUGCUCUCACUCUCCAUGCUCUCACUCUCCAUGCUCUCACUCUCCUGCAUGCGCUUGCGCUGCGCCCCUAGGCAGUCCUCUGCCUGGCGUAGAUGCACAUGGGAGGGGGGUGGUUGCAGGGAUGGUGAUUGAGAAGGAGUUGGGAGAGGAGAGCGGGAUUGUCGUGGGGUGUCACAUGCACGCCAUUGCACUGCAAAACUCGGCCCACAUGGCACUCAAGGCCCACAUGGCACUCAAGGCCCACAUGGCACUCAAGGCCCACAUGGCACUCAAGGCCCACAUGGCACUCAAGGCCCACAUGGCACUCAAGGCCCACAUGGCACUCAAGGCCCACAUGGCACUCAAGGCCCACAUGGCACUCAAGGCCCACAUGGCACUCAAGGCCCACAUGGCACUCAAGGCCCAGAUGGCACUCAAGGCCCACAUGGCACUCAAGGCCCACAUGGCACUCAAGGCCCACAUGGCACUCAAGGCCCACAUGGCACUCAAGGCCCACAUGGCACUCAAGGCCCACAUGGCACUCAAGGCCCACAUGGCACUCAAGGCCCACAUGGCACUCAAGGCCCACAUGGCACUCAAGGCCCACAUGGCACUCAAGGCCCACAUGGCACUCAAGGCCCACAUGGCACUCAAGGCCCACAUGGCACUCAAGGCCCACAUGGCACUCAAGGCCCACAUGGCACUCAAGGCCCACAUGGCACUCAAGGCCCACAUGGCACUCAAGGCCCACAUGGCACUCAAGGCCCACAUGGCACUCAAGGCCCACAUGCCCAUGUAUGCAGGGAGGGGCGGAAGGGACACAUGGGGAACAGGAAAGGGUUUAGGAGUAGCUGUGGUAAAAUGA